CCGGUGACGGGAGCGAGGCGGAGUCUGGAGGGAAGAUACGGAGAGAUAGAGAUUUAAAUCACAUCCCCGGCUGUAGAAGGGGCAGCAGCAGCAGCAGCCCCGGCGCAGAGGCACGGACGCACGCGCCGAGACAGGUCUGCCGGCUCCGCCGCUGCUGCUGCUGCUCACCAUGGGUGCCGCCGCCGCCGAGCCCCCCAGCGCCAUGGGCCUGGUGUCCAGCGUGGUGAACGACACCCUCGAGUUCUACCGCUGGACCUGGAGCAUCCGAGACAAACGUGUUGAUGAUUGGCCCUUGAUGCAGUCUCCAUUUCCAACACUGACUAUAAGCACUAUUUAUCUCCUCACUGUCUGGCUGGGCCCCAAAUGGAUGAAGACAAGAGAGCCCUUCCAGUUACGCUUCCUGUUGGUUGUUUACAACUUUGGAAUGGUUCUGCUCAACUUCUUCAUUUUCAAAGAGUUGUUCUUGUCAUCAAGAGCUCGAGGGUACAGCUAUGUCUGCCAGACUGUGGAUUAUUCAGAUAAUGUUUAUGAAGUUAGGAUAGCUGCUGCUUUAUGGUGGUAUUAUGUUUCUAAAGGAAUUGAGUAUUUGGAUACAGUAUUCUUCAUCCUGAGGAAGAAAUUUAACCAAAUUAGUUUCCUUCAUGUCUAUCACCAUUUCACCAUGUUCACCUUGUGGUGGAUUGGUAUCAAGUGGGUUGCAGGUGGACAAGCUUUUUUCGGAGCUCAAAUGAAUGCAUUUAUACAUGUCAUUAUGUACAUGUAUUAUGGAUUAGCAGCUUGCGGCCCUAAAUUUCAGAAAUACCUGUGGUGGAAACGGUAUUUGACCAUAUUGCAAUUGGUGCAGUUCCAUGUGACUAUUGGCCACACAGCCUUGUCUAUUUAUAUUGAUUGUCCUUUCCCUAAAUGGAUGCACUGGGGUGUCAUUUUCUAUGCUGUCACCUUCAUUUUCCUGUUUGGUAACUUCUACUAUCGGACAUAUAAGCUGCCCAAGGAGCCCAUAAAGAACGGCAAAAUAGCAAAUGGUGCUGUCGCAAAUGGAGUAAGCAAACCAGAAAAUAAUGCGGUGGUGGAAAAUGGAAAAAAGCAGAAAAAGGGAAAAGCAAAAGGAGAGUAACUUGAUCCAGGCCUUAACCAUUGUUGGCAGUGAGGAACCUCCAGUUUGGUUUAUAAAAGGAAGAAAAAAAAACACUAUCUGUACCAAUUAACCUUAGGUUACUGAAGAGCUAGAACACAGAUAUUUUCAUUAUUUAUGAAGAUUGUUUUAAGAACAACACUAAAGUUGAAUUUCUAUUGUAAUUAUGUAAUUAUCAUGCAUAUGGUCUCUGUGUAAACUUGUAGACUGCUGGUGUUGGUGAAUGUAAGGAAGAAUUGCAGUUGAUUCCAUGUUUAGCAGUCCAAAAGUUAAUGCUACCAUUGAUAAAGGCACCCACAUUUCUUGGGGGGGUGAGGGGAAGGGGAAGGAAGUAGCAUUUGAAUACUUGUGCUUUCUUUCCAGAAAAUUAUUAAAUUUCAAAUUAUGACGUAUUAUCUAAACAGAAUGCGCAACUUUUCUUGUCCUCCUUGGAGAGUACCUUCACAAAAUAUGUGCUGUCAGAACAGUGUUUGACUUUUCAGACAUUACUUGAUUUAAUUGAGUAUCUGUUACAGUUUGGUUUUUGUUUUAUUAUUUUUUCUUGUGUGGAAAUAUACCUACCUCUUCAUCUGCUGAAAAGAAUAUUGAGCAUUAAAUAACUGGUUUCUGAAAUAUGGACUCCUCUAAUCUAAAUCUCUAUUAAUACUAAUUCAGGAGAACGUGUGUUUCCUUGUGGGAGUAAAAGGGAUUUUUGGUGAUAUCCUUUGAUCAAGUCAUCAUUUUAAUGUCAACUGAAAUUUUCGAGUGGUACUUUUAGUAGAGUCAAGUCAAGAAUACAUUUUAACAAUGUAUAAAUAUGAAUGAAUAUAUUGGUUGAAGCAAGCAGUAAAAAAUAGGCUUGCUGCUUGUUGUCCGUGACCUGCAUUAAAUCUGUGGCACUGACUGAUACUCAAAAGGGUAAGAUAAUGCUAGGGUGGAGAGAAAACAGCAUGUAAUUCCAUUUAGAAAUGUUGUGUGCAUGGGUAGUCAUGCUAACUAAAAGACUUACCAUCACUUUCUUGGGAGAAAGAAUUUGGUUUAAAAGUACUAAAUACAGCAAACAUAAAACAUUGAAAAUGUUGCUAUUGUUUGAUACCUGUCAAAACUCUGUUAGACACUUCUAGACAAAGUAUUGCUGAUAGACAGGCCACCAUUUUAAGUCAAAACUGCUAAAAUAAUUAGAAACUUUCAGAUGGAUUUUCAUUUACAUGUUACAUAAAGGGCUUUCUACCAUUCCUUUUGUGAAGAAAACAGGGGAAGAUUUUUACUCCUUCUGAAUAAUGUGAUUACUAAGAGAUACAUUUUUGAGCUGCUUAGCAUGCAAUGAAUAGAAGAUGGGUGAAUUAGAAACUAUAUCCUGAAUUACUGUGUUCCUUGGCCCUCACUGCAAGAGCUGCAUUGUUACUGUCCAAAUGCAUUCCCCCUCUACCCCAGCUCUGGCCAAAAACAUACCCAGAGGUAGCAACAAAUAUAUAUCUGGCAAGCAGCACCAUUGGUGCAGAAAGUGUACACGGAACUGCGAGUGUAAAGUAGGUGUCAUGUUUAACUGAGUUUUGUGUCUCAGUCAUCCAUUGACUGUUUAUAAUAUGCAAGCAGGUCACAUAUUAUGUGUCUCAGGUUUGUCUUGUCUCAAAAAAAAAGUAAAAUCUAAACUCAGAAAACAGGUCCUAGGAAAAAUAGUUUUGGGUAUAGUCUUUUGUAAAUAAACAAUAAUUCCUAAUGCUGGAGUUGGUUCAGCUGGAAGGUGGUUCAUCCCUAAUCACCACAACUGUGGAUUUUUGGGCAGAAUAUAGGAUUGUGAAAAACUGUCUCUGCUGAACUCAAAUGCAUGUGACCAUCAAGUUUUUUAUCUGCUGUGUCUUUUGAUUCUUCCAGCCUUUGUAAUGAUGCUUUUUGCAUUUGUAGAACUGCAUAUUUAUGUAGUGUGGCAUGGGGAAGAGGGAUGGUGAUCUACCCUUCCUUCUUGGACAAAUGCCACUACCCUUAACCAAGCCAAAAUGCUGGCUGACUCAGUAAAUUUGGAAUGGCUAAAGGAGUAAAUAACUACAAGCACAUUUACAGCACACCUGCUACUCCAAGGUAGUGAUUGGUGUGAGUACAGUUACCCUCCUGUAAUUUCAAGGUCAAAUACCCCUCUGUGAUUAAAGGGUAGAUUCUUUCUAUUUGCCAUGGGAUUUGGGCAGCUAACUUGAAAAUCUGUGUCAUUCCUUGAAUCGUGUUAAAUUGCUUGUUUGCUCUGUCAUUCAUUCAAUAAGCCAGAUCAGCUAAACUGAUGCUCUUAAUGUGAUCUAGCUCUGCAACAGCAUACUGGGGAGUAUUCCAUGCAGGUUCAAUUGUGUCUUUGCUCCACUUUCUGAGUUAGGAAUUAUGUCUUGCAUGACGUUAAAUAUUUAAAUAACUGAAAGUCAGAUUUUUUUCUCCCCCUAAUCAUGCAUGGAAGUGGAUUAAAGUUGAUUGCCACUUGAACCUUGUUGACAGAGCUAGAGUAGAAGCCUACUAUCAAAUGCUGGGGUAAUAGUUAAAUUCUAAAAAAACAUGAAAAAGUUCACUGUGAGAAUGCAUGUGUAUGUACACAUCAUGUUGUCUGGCCCUGUGCAUAAAACCAGUUUGUGAGAUUGCCAUUUCAUGGGAAAAAAAGCCCAGUUAUUAAAUUACUGGAACACUGCUGUUUUGAGAACAUCUUUUGCAGUAUGACUUUCCUAGGUCUAUUUAUGAUAUAUUUGAUUGUUCAUGUAAUUCAAGUCCCAUUACAAUCUUGAAUAUAAUGGCCUUAUUAAAUGUGCAUUUUUGUAGGCAUGGUCUUGAGUGCAAUAUUUCUGUUUUGACUAUGCAGCCAGACUCACAGAAUACAGGGCUGAACUUGUGCAGCUUUUUGUUUUUCAAAAUAUGAGGCAAUAAUGCACAUGUGAAAUACUGACUGAUUCAUUAGUGUCAUCUUUGAAUCUGAGGAAUCUUAAAAUUUUGCCAUGAAAGUAUGUAUAAAUAUGUGUAUUUUCUAUACACAGUACUGAAAUUCAAACUAUACAAUCUUUUGCAGUACUAUUCUUUACAGGGUUAUUGGGAUUUUGUUUUUCUAAAUCCUUUGAAUUUAUUGAAAAAUUAAAUUCAAACCAUUUGAAACUUAUUUUGCCAAUGAAUGAUAAUUUUUUUGCUAAGAGUUCUGAAGCUCUUGGACCAGAGUCUCUAAAUAUUUGAUGCCAUAUAAGUAAUACCAUUUAAUUUAGCCUCAUCUCUAGCAGUGACAGUUGUUGGAUUACUUUAGCACUUUUUCAGUGUAAAAUUAACUACAGAUUAUCUAUACAUGUGUGUAUAUAUGUGUACACAUACAUAGUGUAUGUGUGUGUAUAUAUGUAUGGGUUCUUAGCAGAUUCUUUCAAUAUGUGAAGUGAAUUAUAUUUCUUGAAUGUGAAUUUGGCAGGAGCUAAUAGAAUGAUUCCUACAGCUCCAGCAGUAAAAUGAAGCAGUUUUUGUUCCACAGAUCCUAUAUCAGUCUUGCAAACAUAAAUAGUAUUUGUCAGUGAUUUUAGACAUAGGAUGGCAGACAAGACAGAGCCAUUUCUACCAGUGUAAUAAAUAUUUUGAGGCAUCAGUUGUAGAUUCUGAGGGGAGGGAUCUCAACUCAGGGUAGCUGGGGAAUUAUGCUGUAUUAUAGUAGGGAUCGUUUUAGUAUGAAUAACUUGCUCCAGGUGAGUCUUUGAAAUCAUUGCAAUCAUAUUCUCUGUUCAGAGAACUUCUAAAAAUGAAUCAUAGAGUCAUAAAACUAUUUAGGUUGGAGAAGACCAUUAAGAUGACUGAGUCUAACCAUUAAACAAAUGUUUCUCUGUAAAUUCAAAAGCAUGGCCUAUUUGAUUACAGGACCAUCAAUUACUUCCAGCUCCAGAUCAGGAGAGAAAGGUGAAGGCAAAAUGAAAAUGCUGCACAUUUUUUUCAGGUUUACCUAAGGGCACAUUUCUUCAGAGUAAACACUUGAACUGCAUGUGCUGGGAAGGGAGGUAAGAAAGGACCAAUAGCUUUUAUAAUGCGAGAUCUCAGCCCUAAAAUAGCUUACAAGCACUAGCUGUCUCUUAAAAACUUGAAUAAAACUGUUCCUGGUGCAUCAAGUUAAACCUUGAUUGAAGCUAGUAUGGGUUGAGAGUCAUAUUUAAAAUGGAUCUAUUUCAGUUAAAAUUGAAGAGAAUGGGGAGCUAAUUAGCUAUCUGGAUAGUGUAUUUCUCUUGGUUAGAAACACAGACUUACCUAAUUUGAUACCUAAAGCAAGACACCCAUAUGACAUCUCAGUGCACUGCAGUCUGAUGUGCCGGCCCCUUUGCUACUGUAAGCAGAGGGAGCUCCAUGGAAAUGCGUGGGUUGGUUCCCAUUUACCUCAGCAGAGUACGUUUUGAGCACUAAAGAGCAGAGAAAAUACUUGCUUUCUGCCAAUAUCCCAGGAGGAUUGGGGGAAGUGUAUGGUUCAGGGUGCUGCUUUUGCAUAAGGUGUUCAUGCUUUUGUAAACAUUAAAAAUAAACAUUACUUUUUUCAUGCUGUUUGAGUUUGGUUUUAUACAUUCUGUAGUAUGUUCUCUGUGUCCAUCUUGCAUCAAGAUUCUUGCUAAUUUUAGUAUUGUGCAGAUCAUGUGAUGUAAUCUGUUUUGUUGCCCAGGACUUUGAGAAAAUCAUUUCUGUGACACAUCCUCCCAUUUUAAGGUUACAGGGACUUCCUAAUUUUGAAUAUUGUCCCCAGAUAAUAGUGGAGUGGCUUUGAAAUCACCCUUAGGAAACUGACUGAAAAUUGUCAACUUAAAACAACAAAAAAAUUCCCAAGUUUCCUUAUUUGGUCUUGGAAGUGUUAACAAUUAGGAAUACAAUUAGCCAUGAAGUUUAGCUUUUGAUGGACACUGUGUGGUGUUAAUGAAGUCUCUCAUUCCAGAGAAUCUGGAGUACUUUUGGCAUUAGGUGCGAUUCGUGGUUACAUGUGCUGGGUACAGUAAGUCCCUUCAUUGUCUGCCAAGCAUGAUCUCUGUAAUCAACCUUAUAAUAUCAAGUUGUACCCAUGUUGCUCUCCUAGAAUCUCAGUGCAAAUAGCUACUCCGGAUGUCAAGUAGCAGGGAAUCAAGUCUGCCAUCAUAGCAAAAUAUGGUGUGGUCAAUUAUAUCUUGCACAAUUCUCAGCUAUUGCUUCAACCCACUGCUUACAUCCUCCCUGGAAUCAGAAAAUAAACCAAGUGUUCAGAAGAAGAUUUGUCCCUUAGAUGAUUAGCAUGUGCUGGGGUAGGCUCCCUCUGCAGGCAUCUUUCUCAUAACUGUUUUCCCCACCAGUAAUUAAAAAUAAGAACGUGAUCAGAUUCAUCAGAUGAUUGGCUAGAAUAGACUGGAUCCUCUGAUGUUUGAUUUUCUUUUUUGUAUCGCUUGCUUCUUAACAUCUGAGAAAUUGGGGUUUGGUGGGGGAAGGGUUUUAUUUCCUGUGUUCUUGCACAGCUCAAGGCACUGGGUGAACGUGGGCUAUUCUCAGACAGGCACAUGAAACAUGUACUCCAAGGUGGCUUUGAAGGCAGAGCCUUCUAUGGACUGGUGCCUUUCAGUGUCUUUUUAUGCUUGGGACUUCUAGGUCACCUCGUGAAUGCAGGCACACUUUUCUUUUGGCUGCCUGACAUGUCAGUGAUAUCGCAUUUGACUUAAUUACAAAGACACUUAUUGAUGGGAAAGUUUGUCUCUUGAUCAUCCAGGCCCUGAUCAAUGCACAUUAUAAAACAGUGCAGUUCCUGCCAGAGCACCACACAGUCAGUGCUGCUUGGAGGGAAAAAGCUAUUUGCAUUUUGAUUCAGUAGGUGGGAAUUGAUAACAAGCUCGUAUGGCAUUGCUGCUAUCUGUCAAAUCAAUGUCAGGUAGGUUUUAGUUUGCUAAACAAAAAGAAAUCUUUGAUUUUUGAAAUGAUUCAAACUGCUUUCUGUCCUUAUCUUUAGAUAGAGAACUAUUGUUCUUGCAGUGGUAUAGCCUUAAUUUGUUUGAUGAGGAAACUGCUGUUAGGCUAGUAUUUUUUAGAGUGUGUUUAUGAGAGAAAACUAGAGAAAUACAAGAAACAAUUUGGGCCAAAGCUAGAGAACAUGAGGUAAUUUCUCCUCUAGUUUUCGCUGUUGCCCCUAGGUGUUGCAGGAGUUAAAUGACUACUCUGUAACUGUUACUGCUGUGUGUUCAUUGCAGAUGCUGUAAUGGUAUACAAGUAGUAUACAAGUUGUGCAUAAGUACAUUCUGAAGUACAUAAAAGUUUGCUCUGUCUUAAAUGACAAUCAAGAGAGUGAUUGGAGUGAAAGUAAUGACAAACAUCGUACUCCUGCAUUGGCAGGAUUCACUUUAUAUUUUCUCAUUAAUAAUCUUCAGUGCUUCUGAGUAGCUUCUUGCAGUAUACAAAGCCCUUCAAAGCUGAAAAUUGCUGUAUAACUGCUCAAAGCCUGUUUUUACAGAGCUUCUGUUACUGCUUUGUUUCUUUUUUGUACAUGUAUCUUCAGGUCGGGUGCUUGCUUACUAGAUUAUUCCGGAGUGGGAUAAAUGUCAUUGAUCUUGUAGUAGCUGCAAGCGAGUAAAAUGUUAAAAUAAACUUUGGGGUGUUUUACAGUCAA